AUAUGUUUGAGCUAAUGGUUUCUCAAGCUAUGGGAGUGCUGAAAAAAGAUUCUGCGACUGAUUUAAGCUCCUCUAAACUGAGCAAAGUGACUCAACUCACUGGGUUCUCUGAUCCAGUUUAUGCUGAAGGAUAUGUUCAUGUAAACCAAUAUGAUAUUGUUCUGGAUGUGUUGAUUGUCAACCAAACUUCUGAUACUCUUCAAAACUGUACUCUAGAACUAGCUACAUUAGUGUUGCAACAAAAUGCAAGAUGCCUUCAGGGUGUAGCCCGAACAAGUUUCGUUUCUUUUUGUCCAUUUCUUUUGUCACCAAUUAUUGAUACCAAUUAUUAGUUUUUUAAUUUAAAGAAAAUAUUAAUCCAGUCGAUAAUUAAUUUA